CGCAUGUAUGUAUAUUACGUGCUUAUUUCGGGAAGCGGAACCCUGUUCCUGCUUCGAAACAGGUCAGUUUUUAUGUACUUUUCAUUGUUAUAUAAAUACUAAACUCGCCCCUCCACGAUUUUAAUUGUUGAUACAUAGUUGCAUGACGUAACAAAUCUAGAGCAGUCGUAACUAACCCGGCUGCAAUUAACACAAGCGGAGUAGCUCUGCUUCAUUUUUGGUCCAUUUAUGAGUUGGGCAUUUCUAAAAGACUUGGAGAAAAAUCACAAGAAUGAACGAAUACAUGAUGUUCACGGCGAAAUCCUCCAGAGUCCCGUUUUGCUUAAGGCUCAACGCCUAAGUGGGAAAAAGAAAAAGCAAAAACAGUUUCAUUGGUCCUCUUGAAACAACUCUUAACAAAUACUCCGAUUUUGGAAAUAUCAUUACAACACAUGGACCAGCAAAAAUCUUCCUCAGAGCAGCAAAAUGCUCAAUAUCAAUACUGUUCUAUUGAUGAAGACCCACCUUAUAUUAGUUUAGCCAGUGUGGAUAACCAAAAUAUUGUUUUAUGUUUGAAAGAACUCAACAGAGCCAUUCUGAAGAAAUCCUUAAAGUUUUCCUUAAAUUUGAAGAGUGUUGAGAAAAUGGAUGUAAGUAAACAAUGCCUGGACAAUGACAGCAUGGGUAGCAGCAUAUGUUUCACAGAAAGCAGUUUGAAAAGUCUUUUGGACAUAAUUAAAGAGAAGCCGAAGCCGAUGCCACGUUACAUGAAUUUUAUUCAGUUGGGCAGUGUAGAAAUGCACAAAUCCAUCUCUAGUUACGAGAUUCUCAGAAACAAAUUAAACAAAGCUUUUCUCUGCGAGUUUGAUGCCUGUUCCGAUGAAGAUUGUAUUGAAGGCAAAAAAUAUGUGAAAACUUUACAGGAGAAUAUCCAGAACCGACAUCUUGGUCUUGAUGACAGCCACACCCUUUGUGUCCUGUUGGAACACUGCCUGAAGUGUAAAGAGAUCGCUUGCAAAGCUGUUGGUUGUACACAGUUCUCAAGGAGAUUGAAGCAAAGUCAAGAAGAGUUAAUGGAAUGCAUCUAUUCAGCUGAAGAAUUUGUGCAAUGUGAUAACACAACUCAGUUCUUUAAGUUUUCGAACACUUGUGAAUUUAAGUCAGCAAACGAUGUUAAGAAUUGUACAAAAGUGAAGUUAAAAGAGUUGCCAAUCUGUGGAGUGAGUAACCUGAUGCAUCUGAACAAAGAAUAUGUCAUAGUAACUAAAUGCCAGAAUGUUCAGCAUCAGCAGAAUUAUUUGAGCGAAUGUUUCACUGUUCUAAAGAAGAUUGGUUCCCUCCAAUAUCAGUACAUUAUCCCAAUUAACUGGAUUAUCCUAAACAGAAACGAACUUUAUUUUUGUUCCAAGUUCUAUUGUGAACCAUUACACAGAAAACUUAAUGCUUUAUACGCUGCUGAAAUAAAAGACAUAAUCUUAAAAUUAAUCGAAGCUGCCAAAUACCUCAAUGAAAAUGGAAUCUUAUUUCUAGCUUGGACAUCUAAUAAUUUAUUAUUGAAUGAGAAAGGAAUUCCACAGUUAACGAACUUUCACCUGGGAGCUUCUCUCACUUCACACCUGAACAUAGAAACAACACAGAAUCUAGUAUUCCCAACAAUUUUGCCCCCAGAAUUUCGAUUUAAAUAUGAUCAUUUCAAUAAUGCUGAUGUCUGGGGUAUUUGCUGCUUGCUGAAGGAGCUCCUCUCGAAAGUUGUAGUCCAUGAUGACCUUAUACACUUGCCACGGGAGGAAGUGUGGAGCGAGAUGACAAAGAGAGGCUGGAAAUGUAACUAUGCUCCUAGAUCGAUAAAGAGCAUCCUUCAUUAUGGUUGGAUAAUUGCGCCUAAGGAAAGAUCAACACUUCAAGAUCUAGAAAAACACAUCAGAAAAAAAUGGUUAACAGCCUGAUGAACUCAUUUUCAGUAUUGCCUUUAUCAAACCUGUGACAUUUGCUAUUAAUAAUUCUUGAUAUUUCAAACACUACACUCUUAUCAAGAUAAUAAGAAAUAUGAAUGAUUGGGCAAACUCUAAGAGUUAUUUUCAUAUAGACAGCAUUUUUGCAUGCAAGCAAUUAUAAUUUCUGAGCAGCAGAUGUUGCAGACUUAUUGACACCUGAAGAUUUUAUUUAUAUAUAUAUAUAUAUAUAUAUAUAUAUAUAUAUAUAUAUUUGUGUGUGUGUGUGUGUAAAUAACAGGUAAUAUGGAUUAAUAAAUCAGGGCACUUGUAAACAUUCAGUGAUUAAGUGAACUUGAUUAACUACAUGAAAUAAUCAGAUAUCAGCAGAUUAAAAUAGAAACAACAUCCACAGUUAUUCCCCAGUGUAAUAAAUAAAUCCAAAGUUUGCCAGAAGAAUUUCUAAAAACCCAGUGUAUCGAACAAGAUGAACCAGAAUGGAGAAUGUCAAUACUUUAUUUCAGAAUUAUAUCAUACAAAAAACAAUGAUUGUUUCUGUUGUGUUGUUUUCAAUGUGAACUUUGCCUCGAGGAAAUGUGUUAUUUAAUUCAGAAUUAGAAUUAUUAAAUACUAGCACUAAUCUUACCUUGAAAUGUUCACAUAGGUAUAGAAAAGCAUUUAAAUAUUUCAAUAGUAAACAACACUUUUAUUGUAAUUGCCUUUCUUGUAAUUAAAAAACAUAAUUUUUCUAAAUUUAAAAAAAAUUUCUUUCAAGCAUUCUUAACUAGCCAGAUAACUAAAUGUACUUUGGUAGCAUUUUCUAUGUUUAUAUUCUUUAUUAUUUUACUGACCAUUGACAUCAUCAUGAGUUCUGGCUUUUCUAAACAUAUAAUAUUUCUUCUUAAAGCUGUUUUUGUCUAUGCUGAGGUAUAACAGCCAUCCUAUCAGUUCACUUUGAAUUCAAGUUAUCAUGGGUUACCUUGAUAACACAUGGCAUUCACAUAAAUUUUGGAUACGUUGAGUUUUAUAAUUGAUCUGAUUGUGCACCUUUUUCUAUAUCUAAAAAUGCUUACACAAUAGAAACGAUUAUUGUCCUGUAUGAUGUAAUCCUCAAAGAUCUGAUAUCCUCCAUUCCUGUUCAUCUCAUAUAUAUAUACAUACACACACAUACAUACAUAAAUACAUAUUUUAUAUGUACUGUAUAUUUUCACUCUCUCUCAUUCUGAGUGUCUCUAUCUCUCUCUCUGUCUCUCCCCUUUUCCUCCAGGGGUAGCCAAAUAUCCUCUCUAUAGUAAAACAACUAUCAUUGUGCCUCUAUUAUAGUCUAACCUCUCUCUUGCCUUGCAGCUACUUCUUCUGAUUCCAUUCUCAUUACUGGUGUCACAUAAAAAGCACCCAGUACACUCUGUAUAGUGGUUGGCAUUCGGAAGAGCAUCCAGCUGUAGAAAUCAUGCCAAAACAGACUAAUGGAGCCUGGUGUAACCUUGUCCUACUCAUACUAGCAUGGAAAAUGGACAUUAAAUGAUGAUGAUGACGAUAUAUAUAUAGCACGACCUUCGAACAUCAGGCCUCACCGAGGCAAUGACUAGUGACUAAGACCUUUGGAAAUAUGCUGUGCUUGAGAAGACCCAGCAAGCCAAGUGAGACCAUAACCCAUGGUCUAUGCCAGUGAUGUAACCAGCUCACUUAGGUGUACCUUACUUUCAUUGGACACUAAACUCUGCUUGAGGCAAGUGAAAUCGAAAUCAAGUUCGAUGACAGCACUGCAUGACUGGCAUCAGUGCUAGUGGAGUGCUAAGAGCACCAUCUGAGCAUGAUCGUUGCC